AUGUGGCGCCUCAUUGUUCCCAAUGGAUUUCGCGUCAAACUCACCUUUAAGGCUUUUGAGCUAGAGAAUGACAACUACUGCCUCAACGACUUCGUCGAAAUAAGAGAUUGGAAGCCCGCGGGAUGGAACGGUGAGUUACUUGGUCGGUUCUGUGGUAGUACCAUUCCACAAAAGCCGAUCUUUUCCUUGUCCAAUGAGAUGGCUGUAUUGUUCGUUAGUGAUGACAAUGCACAAACCGUGCACAAGGGCUUCAAUGCGCACUUUGAGAUGGAUGGUGUCCAUCGCUCCAAUACAUUCUCCCAUACAGAAUUCAAAGGUUUCAAAGGAAAAAUAACAGUAGUAAACAGAUUGGCAUCUAGAUCACGUUGUUGGGAUACCAAAAACAUCAUCAACGAAACAAGCGGAAGCCUUUCCAGCCCCAAGUACCCAUUAAAAUACAUUGCAGAACAGUGUAUAAUGUGGCGCCUCAUUGUUCCCAAUGGAUUUCGCGUCAAACUCACAUUUAAGGCUUUUGAGCUAGAGAAUGACAACUACUGCCUCAACGACUACGUCGAAAUAAGAGAUUGGAAACCCGAGGGUUGGAACGGUGAGUUACUUGGUCGGUUCUGUGGUAGUACCAUUCCAGAAAAGCCGAUCUUCUCCUUGUCCAAUGAGAUGGCUGUAUUGUUUGUUAGUGAUGACAAUGCACAAACUGUGCACAAGGGCUUCAAUGCGCACUUUGAGAAGGAUGGUGACCAUCGCUCCAAUACGUUCUCCCAUGCAGAAUUCAAAGGUUUCAAAGGAAAAAUAACGGUAGUGAACAAAAUGGCUAAAUCUAAUUCACGUUGUCGCAAUUCCAAAAACAUCAUCAACGAAACAAGGGGAAGCAUUUCCAGCCCCAAGUACCCAUCAAAAUACAUUCCAGGUCAGUGUAUAAUGUGGCGACUCAUUGUUCCCAAUGGAUUUCGCGUCAAACUCACCUUUAAGGCUUUUGAGCUGGAGAAUGACAACUACUGCCUCAACGACUACGUCGAAAUAAGAGAUUGGCAACCCGAGGGUUGGAACGGUGAGUUACUUGGUCGGUUCUGUGGUAGUACCAUUCCAGAAAAGCCGAUCUUUUCCUUAUCCAAUGAGAUGGCUGUAUUGUUCGUGAGUGAUUAUAACGCACAAAUCGUGCACAAAGGCUUCAAUGCGCACUUUGAGAUGAAUGGUGACCAUCGCUCCAAUACGCUGUCCCAUGCAGCUUGUGCAAAGGAUGCUCUUAAUGUAGAUGCUACUCUCGAAACUGGCUGGAAGUACGAGAUCCAAAGUCCAGGUUUUCCAAACAAUUACCAGCCCAACCAAACUUGUACUUGGAAAGUAUUUUUCCCUCAAUAUUUGAAAAAUGUACACAACAGUUAUCAGAUGAUGCUGGUGUUCGACGUCAUGGAAAUAGAGCCUUGUACGUACUGUGGUUGUGAUUGGUUGGCGUAUUCUUAUAGGGAAAGUGAUUUACCCAAAACCUCUCAGACCUAUUACUAUUACAAAAAAUGCUCAUUGUACUCCAAAAAUACCAUUGCCACUCUAAAGAAAAGUGGCUCAAGCAAAAUUCGCAUCUAUUCCGAUCGAAUAAGUUCAAAUCAAAAGGAAUUUUGGCUACGAUUUCAUUCAGAUCCUUUUUCAGAAUUCAAAGGUUUCAAAGGAAAAAUAACAGUAGUAAACACAAAAGCAUCUAGUUCACGUUGUUGGAAUACCAAAAACAUCAUCAACGAAACAAGCGGAAGCAUUUCCAGCCCCAAGUACCCAUCAAAAUACAUUCCAGGUCAGUGCAUAAUGUGGCGCCUCAUUGUUCCCAAUGGAUUUCGCGUCAAACUCGCCUUUAAGGCUUUUGAGCUGGAGAAUGACAACUACUGCCUCAACGACUAUGUGGAAAUAAGAGAUUGGCAGCCCGCGGGGUGGAACGGUGAGUUACUUGGUCGGUUCUGUGGUAGUACCAUUCCAGAAAAGCCGAUCUUUUCCUUGUCCAAUGAGAUGGCUGUGUUUUUCGUGAGUGAUKAUAACGCACAAACCGURCACAASGGCUUCGAAGCGCACUUUGAGAUGAAUGGUGACCAUCGCUCCAAUACGCUGUCCCAUGCAGUUUCAGGGGAUAUUCAAGUGAAGCCAUUCUUCACACAUUCUGCUUUAAUGAUGGUGGUUGUCAUCAUGAAGAAACUCUUGUGA